CGCCCGGCAUACCCCUCGGCAAGCCUCAGGCUCCUCCGCCGCCGCCGCCCUUGCCGCCGCCGCCCUCGCCACCGCCGCCGUCUGUGCCGCCACCAACGCCGCCGCUUCCGCCGCCGCCGCUUCCGCCGCCGUCCGCGCCGCCCGUGUCGCCUCCCGUGUCGCCUGCGUGUUGCAUGGCUGUGACCGCCUCGUGCAUGGCCUGCAAGAACGGCGUGAGCCUCAGCGCCUUCUGCGCGGCCAAACCUGGCCACGCGGGCUGCACGACCGCGCCACUUCCGCGCCCAGCCAUGCCGGUCCACGGGGGCCACCUGGCCCACGGCUUGCUCCUGUGCCUCGCGUGGGCGCUCCUCUUCCCGUCGGGCGCGGUCACGCCCCGCUUCUGGAAGGCGCGCUGGCCGACUACGUGGCUCAAGUUCCACAAGAUCCUCAACCUGUCCGCCGUCGCGCUCACCCUCAUCGGCGUGGUCGUCCAGAUCGUCGCGACGCAGAGGGACGGCUCGCCUCACUUUGCUCACACGCAUGCGAUCCUUGGCCUCACCCUGACCGUCGCCGUCGUGCUCCAGCCGGUGUAUGGCUACCUGCGCCCACCGAAGAAGACCAGCCCAGGGCGCAGGGCGCAGCUCCCCGUCAGGGUGCAGUCUCCUUCGACGAAGCGCGUCGCCUGGAAGUGGAGCCACAUGCUGAUUGGAUACGGCAUGAUUGGCAUCGGCGUCUUCCAGCUGAUCUCGGGCAUCCGCCUCUCGUGGGGCCUGGAGAGCCUCUACGGCGUCUACGGCGGCCUCUUUGGACUCGCGAUGCUCUGGGGACUCGUGGGCUUCAUGCUGGCGCCCAAGGCUUCGGCCAAGGCCGCCGAGGACGCUCCGCCUUCGCGAGUGGGGAUCAUGGCAAAUUGAGGUGGCCACCGUUUGCGCAGGCGUGUAUUGUGCGGCGCGCGUAGCAAGGUCCUGUGCUCCCUAGCGAGGGGUGGCGUGUGCUGGGGCGAUUGGUGCGUGUUACUGCUGUGUGCUGUGUGCUGCUGUGUGCUCACCUCUAGAAUCACAAAAGCUUUGACACACGGUC